AUGCCCGGCAAUAUUCAAUUCCUCACUGGCCAGCUGAGGACACCCCCUAUGCCGACAGAUGAUUUAACAGGACGAACGAUUCUAGUGACUGGUGCCAAUUCUGGCCUGGGCCUGGACGCAGCAAAGUUAUUGAUCAAAUUGAACUGCAGUACAAUCGUCAUCGCUUGUCGGGAUGUCUCCAAAGGGAAAGCCACCGAGGAUUUGCUCAGAGCCUUCUCCAGCCAGAAUGGCAAGAAAUCAACCAUCAUCCCAUUUGAGCUUGAAAUGACCUCCUUUGCAAGUGUCGUCUCGUUCACCACACGAUGCAAAGAUCUGCCACGACUUGACGCGGUCAUUCUUAACGCUGGUAUCGCCGAGGUUGAGUUCAAGCUGGCUGAGGGAUAUGAGAAGACCAUCACGGUGAAUGUGAUCUCGACUUUCCUGCUGGCUACUCUUCUCUUACCAAUCCUGCGGGCAUCUGCAAGGAAGUACAGCAUCACUCCCAACAUUGCCAUUGUUGGCUCGGCGGUACAUUUCUGGACCGACCCCAAGCAGUUGACGAAACCAGCCUCGGGUCAAAUUUUGAAAGCUGUUUCGGAUCGACAGUCUGCAGAUAUGAAAGGCCGAUAUUUCCUCAGCAAGCUCCCAGUGAUGCUGCUGGUCAAGUAUCUCGGAUCAGUUCUGGAGAAAUCUGCCCAACAGGAUUCUUCGGGCAAGCCUCUUGUGGUUCUGAACAAUGUGGCGCCUGGAUUCUGUGUUUCCAGUAAGUCUCCCCCUCAGAUCAACCGCAACUAG